AAGAAGACAAGGAAAACAAACAGACAGGCAGGUGGCUUAUAAAUAGUGAGACCUGCACAUUGAGCCCGGACAGUCCCACCGCACAGCACGAACAGUAGCAGCAAAGGCACAGGACAAUCAUGAGUCCACUGCGGAUAAUCCUUGCGCUGAUCUUCCUAUCUGCUGGUUCUUGUGAGUUGAGCUGCCUGCAUGGGACACAUCACAAGGGGGCCCCCAGCCCGGAGCCUGGCAUGCAGGAGUGUGUUCUCUACUCUACAUCCUCUUGUUGUCAUGCCAACUUUACCGAGAAAAUCACCCCAUCUCCGAUCAUAAAGGUGGAUAAUUAUUACUGGAACAGAUGUGGAAACCUCAGCAAGACAUGUGAGGAUUACAUGAAGAAGAUUGAAUGUUUCUAUCAGUGCUCCCCAAUCGCUGGUCACUGGGUUCAUCCCAACAUCUCACUUGCUAUCCAGAAUGUUCCGCUGUGCCAAUCAUUUUGUGACAACUGGUUUGAAGCUUGUCGGUCGGACCUGACCUGUGUCCACAACUUUCUUUCUGACUGGACCAUUGAUGAGAGUGGGAACCACUGUAAGAAUGAAUGUAUCCCCUAUGAUAAGAUGUAUGUGAAUGGCACAGACUUGUGUGAGAGCGCCUGGGGAACCUCCUUCGUGGUCAGUCAUUCCUCGUGUCGCUGCCUGGACAUGACUCAGACAGAUGGGAAUGUGGUUAAAUUCAUUCUGGAGAACGAGCUCUCCGCAGAGAGUAGGGAGGAACAGGCCUGCAAACUCCGGCAGCCAGGGCCCCAGGACAAGGGGGAACCUGAUGAGGAUGAGGAAAACUGAGUGCAGGAACGUACAGGAUGAAGAAGAGAACAUGUUCCCUGAUUCUGCACAGGACUCCGGACGUUGGAUUAGGGAAUAUAUAAAUAUAUAUGUGGGUAUAAAUCUGCUCUCUGAAUCUUCAGGAUUAAUUCUCGGUGCCCACACAAAGUAAUGUAAAGUCGUCGUCUGAUCCCGCACCGAAGCAGGAAAACCCUCUGAUCUCCCACAAGUGGGUGGAGACGCUCAGAUGAAGCACUGAUGACCCCCCAGAAUGUGUCUUAUAACUGUCAAUAAUCUCACAAUAAAGUGCUGCUAACCUGUG